CUUGUUUGUACACAUAUUUACAUUGCAGCAUUAGCAGUACAAACUGAAGUUAUUUUUAUGCAUUCCUUCUGUUAUAGAUGAUUUUUCACCAGUUUUCAUUCCUUCUAAAGGUAAACUAGGUAAGGUGUACUUAACUGAAUGCCGCACAGUGAACACAAUGGAUCCGCUGAUGUGCCGCCUAUGUCUAACGCCGAAUUCCGGCACCGUUCCGUUGUUUAACGAGCGCACCAUGGAACCGAACGUCCUCGUCCUCCAGAAGGUGGUAGAAUGUAUUUCCAUUAAGUUAAAUGUCGCAGAUGAUUAUCCGUCCUCGAUUUGCUCCGACUGCCUCCAGAAGCUUAAUGAGUGGUCCACCUUUAAAAUCCAGUGUAUCGUAAACAAUGACUUCUAUCGGAGGAAACAGCUUGAGAUGCGGAUACAGUUGAUCAAGCAGCAGGCAACGCCGGAAGUCGUCUGCCUAGAUGACGAAGAUAGUGAAGACGAACAACGAGCGGAACCGCAACCCGUCGUAACGGCCGCUAAAGAGGAAUUUCCACCUCAAAAAGAGGUGGUUCAGGUUGUAAUUGACGAUGAUGAGGAGGAAUCACAAACCGCGGCCGAUAACAACGGACUCUACAAUGCUGCUCAACUUUAUUAUCAAGACGAUGCAUCACUGGACGAUUACGAGCUAAUCGAAGGACAGGAGGUGGAAGAUCCCUACCCAACAUCUCUGGAGGUUUAUCCACCGAUGGAUAACAGUGCCAUCCUCACAUCGAUCCUGCUGGAUGACGACGAGAGCAGCAAUUCCCUGCUGGAGGAAGCGGAACAGGGAAUGUACGAGAAGGAACUGUUCGGAUGUACUUUCUGCAAACGGCGCUACUCUUCAGAGCGGAAGCUCCGAACACACGAAAAGCUACACUCGGAAAACCGUAUGAAGUGUCUGGUUUGUGGUAAAUGGAUUGUCCUGCAGAUGAUACGGCACCUUCGGUCGCAGCAUCCUGGACAGCCAUUCCCGCAGCCAGUACGCUGCUGGCACAGUAAAUGCGUCCAUUCCACGGUACUGUAUUACACCGUGGACGAAUUGCUCGCCCACAUGGAGACGAAGCGGAGAAGGUAGAUGACUAACAAAAUCCAGCUGCUGCAAUCGAAACUUAUACUCGCGCCUAACCACACGGUCGGUUAUCAUGCAAUCAAACUUCUACUCUAUACGCAACAACGAACUGUUUUUUUUUUUACUAUUUUAAUUCGUCAGGAAACCUGACAAAAGCCUAGCAAUAAA